CGCUGGCUGUGUGACUACUCGGCGUGGCCCCGGGCUCCCAGGAGCCAGGUUUCAGAAUCCGCUGCAUUGCCCGUCACGCUUCUUCUUUCAAGUAGCUCCACUCUGCACAUAAGGUACCUCAGCCAUGCCGGUCCAACACAGAACCAUAGUGGUGGGCAACACCAGCACACUGAAAUCACCGGUGGGCAUCGUCCGUAUCCUUGAAGUCAUCUUCGCCUGCGUUACAUUCAGCCUGGUGGUACACACUGGGAGAUGGGGUGGCCGGAUCGGAGAUCUCUGUAUGUUUUGCUGGUGUUUCUGCUUCGCAGUCACCCUGGUCAUCCUGAUUGUGGAAUUCGCUGGGGUGCAGAACCGGAUGCCCGUAUCCUGGAAAAACUUCCCCAUCACCUUUGCCAUGUAUGGUGUCCUAAUGUGCCUCUCUGCCACUGUGAUCUACCCCCUGCAAUACCUAGAGGACAAGGCCUAUAACAGCGAGGCACGCAACUACCAGAUCGUGGCCAUUGUGUUUUCCUGCCUCACUACCUUGGCUUACAUUAUUGAAGUGUCCUUAACCAGAGCCAAGCCUGGAGAAGUUACUGGGUACAUGGCUACCACACCAGGACUCUUGAAGGUUUUGGAGACCUUCAUUGCUUGCAUCAUAUUUGUCUUUAUCUCCGAUCCAGCUCAAUACGAGAGGCAUGAUGCCAUGAAGUGGUGCUUAGCCGUCUAUUGUAUCUGCUUUAUCUUAUCCAUUGUGGUCAUUAUCCUCUGUGUCGGCGAGUGCACAGGUUGGUUGCCUUGUGCUUUCAAUAAGUUCCUAAGUGGCUAUGCCCUCUUGGCAGUCCUUAUGUACGUCUCCGCCAUGAUCGUCUGGCCAAUCUUCGCAUUUGACAGGAAGCAUGGUGGAACCCCGAGCCGACCAUCAUACUGCCGGUCGGGCCAAGGAAACCUAUACAGGGUGUGCGACUGGGAUAAGUUGGUUGCUGUUGCUGUCCUGACAGCCGUCAACCUUAUUGCGUACAUUAUGGACCUGGUUCAUUCGGCCAGGCUUAUAUUCAUCACCGUCUAAGCGAUGAGACUUCAUGGAUAGGGUACGAUAUUUCCAACUGCCUGAACAGAACAUGAAGGGUUUCGUACUUGCAAAAAUAUGUACAUUCAACAGCUUGAACAAUGCACCACUGCCUGCCUGCUAAGCUAUUUACCUUUGUAUACUGAGGUAUAUACGUAUAUAUAUAUAUGUGAUUAAAUUCAUCACAACCAAUAGUA